AUGAAUAAAUAUUACCUAGAAAUCAUUUGUUUCAGUUUCUUGGAUAAGAUCGACGUUGUGCGCCAGGCAAACUACGAUCCCUCAGAACAGGACAUCCUUCGUUGCCGUGUUAUGACGACAGGUAUUUUCGAAACAAAGUUCGAGGUGGACAAAGUUCGUUUCCACAUGUUUGAUGUGGGCGGUCAGCGUGAUGAGAGACGGAAAUGGAUCCAAUGCUUCAACGAUGUUACGGCCAUCAUCUUCGUUUGUGCAUCAUCAUCGUAUAAUCUUGUACUAUGGGAAGACAGCACUCAAAAUCGAUUGCGCGAGUCGUUGGCUCUAUUCAAGAACAUAUGGAAUAAUCGCUGGUUGAAAACGAUUUCAGUAAUUUUGUUCUUAAAUAAACAGGACUUGUUGUCAGAAAAGAUCAAGGCCAAGCGAUAUUUACUUGAGUCGUACUUUCCCGAGUUUGCGAAUUACCAGUUACCAGGAGAUGCUGUGUUUGAUGCUGCAGAUGAUAAGGACGUAGUACGAGCGAAGUACUUCAUUCGGGGAGAGUUUCUGCGAAUCUCAACGGCUGCCGGUGACGGUCGACAUCACUGCUAUCCACACUUCACGUGUGCUGUUGACACGGAAAAUAUUCGGCGGGUGUUUAACGACUGUCGCGAUAUCAUUCAGCGCAUUCAUCUUCGGCAAUACGAGCUUUUGUAG